AACGGCGUAUAUAGGAAGCCUUCAGACGACGCCGUUGAGUUGGUCUAGUUGCACCAAGUUUAUACGACGACGUUGUCCUGACCCAAGUGGGGGCUAACAGCUCGUACAGAGCUUCAGGUUCAACAUCAAAAGAUUCAAAAGACGCUCGAACUUUUCAAAUUUCAAAUCCCUAAUGUUCCCAAAAGAAGAAGGGGUCUCUGCAAAUAAAAUCUAAUCUUCUCUGCUAGAUGGCUCUGAACAACAAGCUCAAAACCCUAGAGACCCGCAUUGGCAAUGGACGGGCCGAAUCGGAACCCGACUCCGAAGAGGACUUGGAGGAGCUGCAAUCAGAUGUGAAGGAAAUGGCAGAGAAGAUUCUAGAAUAUAGAGCUACUAUUCCAGAUCAGCUUAAGACGACUCUCGAUUCAAUUCUUUCCACUCAAAGACCCGAUUUGCCCGGCAUUGAUGAUGGGUCGGAUCCUGGACCUUCUGCACAAAAUAAUGCAGAUUCAAAAGAGAUGAAAUCAGAUGACGAACAAAGGGCGGAAGAGAAGAUACGAUCACUUAAAGGCAAAAUUUCGAGUAACAUUUCAGCAAUACCGGUUGUUUUGAAACGGAUGAAAGUUUGCAUUUCCAGGAUUGAGAAGCUAGAGUCUUGCAAUGGCAUUAUACACCCUGCUUUGAAAAAGAGAAAAUUAGUUGAUCCAAUGAAGCUUUAUUUUCAUAAUUGACGAAAUCUAGAUUUCGAAAUGAAAGGCUUACUCUACUCGUGUGUUUUUUUUUUUUUUCUCCUUCCACCAUUGCAGGUAUGGUUAUGGUGUAAUUACUUGAAGAUAUUGAUUUCAAUGUCUGUACCGCAAGGGAGCUUUCUGUAAUGAAGUGCAUUCUUUUUUUAUUUAGUAGUAUUUUUGUUUCUCAAUUCUACUAGGGGCUUUGAUUGUCUUCUUAAAAUGUAAGAGCUGUUUUCGAUGUAAUUAUUUGUUAAGAUUAGCCUUUUUAGUAAGGUAAUCUACAUUUUUGGUACUAGUUUUAGAGUUUGAUAUCUUUUCAAGAUUGCAACUUUAAACACUUUAUUGUUGAGCUCUAAUAGUAUUAAUUAGGGAUAAAUCACUAUUUUGAAGCAUGAACAUUUUGGUUUGAAUUAAGUAAUUAUUUUUAUAUUGGGGUUUGAA